AUGGCAAAGCGGACCACCAAUGGAAACGUGCCCCUUGUCAACUGCAAUGCAGACCUCUGGUCUGGCAAGAUCGAUGUGGGCACGCCCCCUCAAACGUUUACAGUGGUGUUCGAUACUGUUAACUUCCUUCCAUCUACUGAAUGUCUUGUCAACUGUGUUGGGCAUGCACAACACGACCCUGCUGCAUCCUCGUAUGCAAAAUAUUCUGGCCAGUCGCUCAUGCUCAUGUACGGCGCUGGGGAGACAGCGGGCGAGGAGUACGUCGAUGACGUUUUUGUUGGAGGUUGCGAAAACGACUUUUUAAAGAGCACCUGCGCACUCUGUCCCUGA